AACUUUUUCCUAUUUGUUGUCCUGUAUAUAAUAACUUGGACCCAAACAUCAUCAAUUCUAUCUAUUCACACAAUUCUUAAUCUUUUUUUCUCAAAUUUCAACAAAUAAACCAAAUCCAUGGCAUCAUCUUCUUCUUUUACGAGUGAUUCACAGUACUGUCCUCGAUGGAAGUACGAUGUCUUUCUAAGUUUUAGAGGUGAAGACACUCGGAGAACAUUUAUGGGUCACUUGUAUGAAGGUUUGAAAAACAGAGGAAUAUUCACCUUUCAAGAUGAUAAAAUGCUAGAGCAAGGCGAUUCCAUCUCAGAAGAACUCUUGAAAGCUAUCGAAGAGUCUCAAGUUGCACUAGUCGUUUUCUCAAGGAAUUAUGCUACAUCAAGGUGGUGCUUGAAUGAACUAGUGAAGAUCAUGGAAUGCAAGGAGGAAGAAAAUAGACAAACAGUCAUACCGAUCUUCUAUGAUGUGGAUUCAUCACAUGUUCGAUACCAAAGUGAGAGCUUCGCAGUAGCAUUUGCCAAACAUGAAUCGAGGUAUAAGGAUGAUGUUGAAGGGAUGCGGAAGGUGCAAGGAUGGAGAAAGGCCCUAACUGCUGCUGCAGAUCUAAAAGGAUAUGAUAUUCGUGACGGGAUUGAAUCAGAGAAAAUUCAACAGAUCGUCGAUCACAUCUCUUCUAAAUUUUGCAAGAGUGCUCAUUCUGUAUCUUUUUUGCAAGAUGUUGUGGGAAUAAGUGCUCAUUUAGAGAAACUAAAAUCCAAACUUCAAAUAGAGAUCAAUGAUGUUCGGAUUUUAGGGAUCUGGGGAAUAGGCGGGGUCGGUAAAACGACAAUAGCAAAAGCCAUCUUUGAUAGACUAUCUUAUCAAUUUAAAGCUGCUUGUUUUCUUGCUGAUAUUAAAGAAAAUGCUAAAAAGAAUCAACUGCAUUCUUUACAAAAUACCCUUCUCUCUGAACUUUUAAGAAAAAAAGAUGAUUACGUCAAUAAUAAGUAUAAUGGAAAGUGCGUGAUUCCGAGCAGACUUUGUUCUAUGAAGGUGCUGAUUGUGCUUGAUGACAUAGAUCAUGGUGAUCAUUUGGAGUACUUAGCAGGUGAUCUUUGUUGGUUUGGUAACGGAAGUAGAGUUAUUGUAACAACUAGAAAUAGACAUUUGAUUGAGAAGGAUGAUGCAAUAUACGAAGUGCCUAUACUACCUGAUCAUGAAGCUAUUCAAUUGUUCAAUCAGCAUGCUUUCAAAAAAGAAAUUCCAGAUGAGCGUUUUAAGAAGUUCUCGUUGGAGGUAGUAAAUCACGCCAAAGGUCUUCCUUUAGCCCUCAAGGUUUGGGGUUCUUUGUUUCAUAAGAAAGGCCUAACUCAGUGGAGAAGAACUGUAGAUCAAAUAAAGAAAAACUCUAAUUCAGAAAUUGUUGAAAAACUCAAAAUAAGUUAUGAUGGGUUGGAGGCCGAAGAGCAAAACAUAUUUCUAGAUAUCGCGUGCUUCUUCCGCGGAGAUGAAAGAAAAAAAGUCAUGCAAAUCCUUGAGAGCUGUGAUUUUGGAGCUGAAUACGGAUUGGAUGUCUUAAUUGACAAAUCUCUUGUGUUCAUCUCUAAAAAUGAUAGAAUUGAAAUGCAUGACUUAAUACAAGAUAUGGGUAAAUACAUAGUGAAAAUGCAAAAAGAUUCCGGAAAGCCUAGCAGAAUAUGGGACGUUGAAGAUUUCAAAGAUGUGAUGAUGGACAAUACGGGGACCAUGGCAAUGGAAGUAAUCUGGUUUACUCCUGUUGAAAGACUAUUCUUUAACAAAUAUGACGUAAUGAAAAAUAUGCAAAGGCUUCGGAUAUUAUGCAUAUGUUAUAUGAUCAAUUUUUCUAUGAUACCCAAUAGUCAUGAUGGUUCCAUUGUCAUUCCCAACAACUUGUGUUGGUUUGUCUGGCGUGGUUAUCCUUGCAAGUUAUUGCCAGAAAGUUUUAAUCUCAGAAGGCUUGUUCAUCUUGAUCUCCCAUGGAGUUCGUUGCAUCAAUUAUGGAAUGAAACAAAGCAGCUGCCGUCACUACGGAGGCUAUAUCUAUGUGGCUCAAGAAGGCUGAAGAGGACACCCGAUUUCACGGGGAUGCCAAAUUUGGAGCAUUUGAAUCUAGCGUAUUGUAUUAGUCUUGAAGAGGUUCACCAUUCCCUGGGAUGUUCCAGAAAACUCAUUGAGUUAAAUUUGCAUCUUUGUGAUAGACUCGAGAGGUUUCCAUAUGUUAAUGCAGAAUCUCUUCAAUAUCUAAAUCUAGUGGGUUGCUCUAGGUUAGAGAAAUUUCCAGAAUUCGUCGGAAUAAUGAAGCCGGAUUUAAAGAUUAACAUGUCAUCGUCUGGGAUAAGGGAACUGCCAUUACCUAUCACUCGUAAGCGACCAAGGAUGUCAUCGUCUCGGAAAAUGAAACCGCCAUUACCUAUCAUUCGUGCGCGACCUUACAUGUUAUCGUCUGGGAUAACGGAACUGCCAUUACCUAUCAUUCCUGCGCGAGCUCAUUCUGCAAAGCUAGAUUUGAGUUAUAUGAAAAACCUUGUAGCUCUUCAAAUCAGCAUUUGUAAGUUAAAAGGUUUGGUGAAGCUACAUGUAUCGCGCUGCUCAAAAUUUAAAAGCUUGCCGGAAGAGAUAGGCGAUUUAGAAAAGUUGGAGCUUGAUGCCAGCUAUACUCUAAUCUCACGACCUCCAUCUUCCAUCGUCCGCUUGAACAAGCUUAAAUUGUUGACUUUUGAAAAAGAAAAAGCAGAAGAUAGAGCGUUCUUUGUGUUCCCUCAGGUGAAUGAAGGGUUACAUUCGUUGGAAGAUCUGGAUCUCAGUUACUGCAAUUUAAUAUAUGGAGGACUUCCAGAAGACAUUGGAUCCUUAUCCUCUUUGAAGUGGUUGAAUCGCGGGGGAAAUAAUUGUGAGCAUUUGCCUCGAAGCAUAGCCCAGCUUGGUGCUCUUCGAUCCUUGGACUUAUUUGAUUGCAAGAGGCUUACACAGCUGUUAGAAUUUCCACAACAAUUAGACACAAUACAUGCAGAAUGGAGGAAUUCGAUCUGUAAUUCGUUGCUUCAGAAUAUCUCAUCAUUGCAGCGUGACAUCUCCUUUUCAGAUUCCCUUUUACUAAGAGUGUUUACGAGUGACAGGGUGGAUAUCCCUGAUUGGUUCCACGAUUGGGAAAUAGGUACAAGUACUGUAUUAGUCGAAUUGCCUGAGAAUUGGUAUUUGUCGGAUAACUUCUUGGGAUUUGCUGUAUGUUACACUGGCCAAUUAAGUGAUAUGAUCACAGCUCAUUUGAUUCCCUUAUGUGAUGAUGAGAUGUCGUCAAUGACCCAACAGUUUUCCUUAUCCAACCAUUCUAAAUAUACUUGUCGUACUGUUUUUUCCUUGGUACCUCUUGCUGGCUUAUGGGAUGCAUCUAAUGCAAAUGGAAAAACACCAAAUGACUAUAGGCGCAGUAGGUUAUUUUCCACUGGAGAAAUGAAGAAGUUUGGAGUUCGUUUGAUGUAUAAAGAUAAACAUCAUGAAGAGGCCAGUUGCUCCUCUUCUAUGCCCAGGAUUGAGAUUAAAUAUAGGAUGGGUGGGAAGAUGCUUACUUUGGGGACACAAAUUGCAGAUGAAUGGCAGGAUUAAUUUGCGAAAACAGGUGGAUGAAAGAAGCCUCGGAAUCCAAUGAGGAGAAGAUCAAAAACACAAAAUGAAGAAAACGUUGAUUUGAAGAUUCCCGUUCGUGAUCCCAGCCCUGGGAUCACUUCACUCCAACGCUUCGUCAGUCUUCUUGCAUCUUUCCAGCUUUUCAAAUGGACUAAGCGCCAAGCCUACUUGUGAAGAGAAGAGUCGUCGGCCUAUUGUAGUGGUCCAGGAGUAGGAGCUCGAAUGGAACAAUACCAAACAUGGAAUGAAGUAGAAUCCCAUCAAAGACAUGAUGAACACCUAUUUGUUCCUAUUAACAAAACAUCCCCUUUUUCUUCGCUCUUCCGGAACUAUCUUUGGGCAAUAUAUAGUUCUAUUUUCCUCUAUAAUCUAUAAUUAUAGUAUUAAUUAUCUAAUAAAAUUAUUUGCUUUGUUAACUAAUUUUUUUCAUUUUUUUGGUUAGUGAGGCUAAUUUUUGUGUCUCUAGGCCAGGGUAUUUUCAAAUGUGAAAUCAAGAGAAGGAAUCCACAUGUGUUCAUACUGCUCAAUGAAAUAUUUGUGUAGCCUUCCGUAGUCUUGUGGAUCAGCCUUUGGCGGCUAUAUAUAUAUAUAUAUAUAUAUAUAUAUUGUAUAUGGAGAUCUUUUCUUUCUUUUGUUUGUUCCAUUAUGAUGUCAAAUUGUAAAAGAAGACACGUAAACAUUGCGGAUGAAUGGCAAGAUAACUGCCAAAACAGGUGGAUGAAAGAAGUCUAGGAAUCUAAUGUAGCUCCAAUGCUCGAGCUGUUCUACUGAACAAGCGUAGUCUCCGUUGAUAUCUACGGUAAAAUGUUACAUGGUGGAUAUCAACGGAGACUAAGUACUGAAAAUGGUCAAUCUAGCAUGCGGAGUAAGUAUCACAUUCUUUUUCUAUUUUAGUAAGUGCAAGAAAGACAUGUAAUUAAUCAUCUCUGAAAAUAAUGUAAUGUAAGCAAAGAAUCACUGCUAGAAAAUGUCACAACACAAUUCUUAACUUGAAAAAAAAUAAGGAAAUUCCUGUGAAUUUUAAGCUAUAGUGCCUCAACGUUUAAAAGUAGUACCUUAGACGAACAAAGUAAACACAAAUAAUUGAUUCCCCCCCCCCCCCC